AUGCAGAAAUAAGUCAACAAAAUUAAUUAAUGUUUAAGGUCCCCAGAAUUAAACUUUAAUGUUAAUUAUUUUUAAAUGAUGUAAUUUGGAUUUUUGUGGAUUAUAGUGCAAUGUGUGACUGGAAUCAAAAAAGUUGUGUCCACCUCUUUCACCUAAACCACUCCAUUUAUUGAUCGUUAAGGUUAAAGAUGAAAAUAUUUAUAGGUUGGCAAAUUUCUAACUACUAUAAUUAAGGCUAUUCUUUAUGCAGAGAUGUCCAACUGUUUGGAGGUAACCAUGAAUUCGAUAUGUCAACUGGAAUAAAUAAAUUAUUCAACCUUGAGCCUCAUUACAAGCUCUAUCUAUCUUUAGUAGUUUAUAUGUAUAAAAUUAUUUAAGUGAUUUUAGAAUUGAUAUGACAUGGCCAUAAGCAAUAAAUGUGAUGGUGGAUUAAUUGCCUAAUUAAUUUAUUAUACCAAUGGGGUCAAAUGAUUUAUGUGGAUAAUCUUAGGUGGAAAAUAGCUAUAAUAUUAAUUUAAGUUUAAUUCAUUCUUAUCCAACAACAAUAAUUUCAAUAUUUAGUUCAAUAGAUUCUACAUCAGUAAUUAUGAUAUAUAGAGUAGAUUUAUUGGGGUAUACGUGAAUUGGUACUUUCAGUAGAUACAUGUCCACCAGGAUGCCAAAUUUGUUUUUAGGAAUCUUAAGUUUUUGAAUGUUCUUAAUGGAAAUUAUUUCAUGAAAGUUGGAUGAGUAAAGAUUUGAGAGAUUUUAAUGCUGAUGGAUGGCAAACAACAUAAGUAUCUGGUCCUACAGAUUGUGCAUCAAUAUCAAUGUAUGGAGGGUAUAAUAGUAUGACAGUAGGAGGGGCAUUAUAAAAAACAUUUUAAUUAGGAGCUCAUUCUAAUUUAUAUUUUAUUUAUAGAUUCAUAAAAAUAGACAAUUGGUCAGGAGAAUAUGGUACAUUCAAAAUAGAGAAUGCGAAUUAUCAAAUGUUAUAUAAUGGUGGAGGAACAUAAAAGAACUAUUGUGGAGAUCCUAGUUAUCCUGAUUAAUUUCAUAUAUAUGGAAUAGAGUAUCCUCAUGAUGGACAAUUUGUAACAGUGUUAAUAACUAGCUAAUAAUACAAUUAGGGAAGAUAUUUUGGUAUCAGAGAUUUUUAAAUAUAUGGAUGUAAUAGUUAAUUUAUUAAUUAAAGACACAACACCUUCAUAUUGUGGUGAUGGUAUAGUAGAUUAUAAUGAAUAAUGUGAUGAUGGAAACAUAUAUGCAUUUGAUAGUUGUUUUAAUUGUUAAUUUUAUUGUGUGGAAGGAUGUUCAAAUUGUAUAACUGGUAUGUGUAUAAAUUGUUAAGAAGGUUGGGUUUUUGAUAUUCUUAACUAUUAAUGCAUAUAUUAACAAUUUUAAUUAUUAGAUAAAUAGAUUGAGUAUCAAAUAGUAUAAAAACAAGAUAAUAUACAUAUACUAACAUAUAAAGAGAAAGAUUGCAAAGAAUUUAAUUAUUAAAAUUAAUGCAUAAAGUGUAAAAAAGGGUAUUAGUUGGAUUGGUAAGGAACUUGUUAAACAGUUUGUGGAGAUGGAAUAAUAGCAGGUAAUGAGGAAUGUGAGAUUGGUAUAUUAAAGAAUUGCAAUAAGAAUUGUAAAUAUUAAUGUUAAGAGGAAUGCAAAUAAUGUAUUUUUGGUAGAUGUAAAUAAUGUAGAUCUGGUUUUGAAUUAUAGAAUAAUAAAUGUAUAGAGAGAUGUGGAGAUUGGUAGAUUUAGAGAGAGGAAGAAUGUGACGAUGGGAAUAUGAUAAGAUUUGAUGGAUGUCAUAAUUGUUAGAAUGAAUGUUAGGAUUAAUGUUUAGAUUGUAAAUUUGGAUAAUGUAUGAGAUGCUAAGAUGGUUGGAUAUUAAUGAAUGGUAAUUGCGAAUUUAAAUGUGGAGAUUCAAUAAUAGCAUAAGGAGUAGAAGAAUGUGAUGAUGGAAAUGAUAUUUAAUUUGAUGGUUGUUAUAAUUGUAAAUUAGAAUGUGAUGAUUAAGGAUGUUCAGCGUGUUAUUUAGGUGUUUGUUAUAAUUGUUAUCAUCCACUUACAUUGUAUAAAGAUUAAUGUUUAGUAAUUUGUGGAGAUGGAUUAUUAGCAGAAGGAUUCGAAGAUUGUGAUGAUGGGAAUGAUAUUCCUUAUGAUGGAUGUUAUAAAUGCAAAUAUCAAUGUUAUAAAGAAUGUAAAAUUUGUGAAAAAGGAGUGUGUAUUGAUGAAUGUGAUUUUGGAUAUUAUUUAAUGAAUUAAACAUGUCUUCCAUUAUGUGGUGAUAAGAUUAUUACAUAUCAUGAAUAAUGUGAUGAUGGUAAUUUUAUAGAAUUUGAUGGUUGUUAUUAAUGUAAUUAUUCAUGUCCUUAAAAUUGUUAAAUUUGUGAAUAAGGUAUAUGUCAUAAAUGUAUAUUUGGUUUCUAUUUAAUUGGUCAAAUGUGUAUAUCUAAAUGCGGAGAUGGUUUAGUAGCAUUCCCAAAUGAAGAAUGUGAUGAUCUUAAUUCUAAUAAUUAAGAUGGAUGUAAUUCUAAUUGUAUUAUUGAAACCGAUUGGCUCUGUUCUUAACCUUCUCAAGAUUCCUUUACUUAAUGUCAAUAUAUUG